GAUAAAGCAAGAUAUAACGUUUCCGAUUGGCUUAUACUCGCGUUUGGUCGGUUUCUAUCUAUCACCUCAACUAGACCAUGGCAGACAACGACGUAGUUGAGCGACAGGCUAAGCGCCAGCGUUUAGAACAUGGAUCCCAUGCUUUAUCUGGAACGGAUGGAGAUGCACAGUUUACAACCUUUACUUUUAACAAUAUCAUGGAUUUUUCAGGUUUUCUCCCAGCAUUUCUGAUGUCCUUGUCAUAGGCAAACUAACAGAAAUUGUAGCAGACUGUUUGGUCCAAGAUCUGACCUCAUGCGCCAACAACUUCUCGCAUCCACAGCCCCAGCUGGUAGAGCAGCUGGUAGAUGAAUUAAUAGUGAAUACAGAAUUCGGAGGGAACGAAAAUUUGCUAAAUAAUGUACUUGAUUCGGGUAUGAAUUUGGCAAUUGACCAACCGAACACGAUAGCGAACCUUGAUACCGAGAUUGUGUGCUUUGGUAUGAUUCCAAAUAUACCUGCCACUUACGACAUGAGAGGUGGUGGGGAUCUCCCAGAGACAUUACUAGUUCAUAUUGACUCCGCCAGCUGCUUCUCCUCAGAGGAAGUCAAGUCUUUUAGCGGUCGGAUUCAUCCUGACCAUGUUCAGCUAAUUGAAUGCCUUUUAGAAGAAACGGCUAUUAAGCUCUAUGCCACGUGUUUACCGGAGAAGGUAGCAGUCACAAAGAAGCGCAACCGGACUACAGUCAUGUCGCUCUGCACUCUGGACAUUAGAAUAUACGGGCCCAUUGACCUAUUCGACGAUCUGAAUGUAUGGUUCAAGGAGAGCGAGGAGUACUUCUUGCAAGACCCGAGCACAUGUGACAUGAAUGUUCGAUACUGCAAUCCUCAGAGACUAUCGUGCGACGAUUUGUAUGGAUGCGUGUCGCUCGCUGAGAUAGUCGAACGAUCGUCAAUCAUUAUGCCAAAGGAGAUCCCUGAAAUGCCGGACUUUUUGGACAUAUUAAGCAGUCACAUCGACCUAGACGAGGCAGCGCAGCCCUCGUCCAUUCAGGCGGCUCUUAAAAGGUAAUUUAUAAUAAUCAAUAGGCAAUCAUCGAGUUAUAUUGCUAACCUUGUACCAAAGUCAUCAGAAACAGGCUCUUACGUUUAUGAUAAAUCGAGAAAAAGGGUGGGGAUUCAAUAUUGACAAACACGAUGUUUGGGACAUUGUCGACUCUGGAAGUAGAAGAAUGUACGAGCCAACGUUCCUAGCUUGUCAGACUCAACUAAUCGCAUACAGGUUCUUUAACACCAUCUCUCAAGAGUAUCAGCCGGAUGCACCCCCACCAUUCUACGGAGGCAUCAUAGCGGAUCCAAUGGGUCUCGGUAAGACUCUUACUAUGAUUGCAUUGGUGGCAAGCGAUUUGGAUUCGAACCCGCUGCCUUCUGAGAGUGAAUACCCUACUGUUGAUAUGCCGGAUACAAGCGCGACUCUAAUAAUUGUGCCGCCACCUUUGAUUCCAAGCUGGGAAGAACAGUUGCUCGAGCACGUUGUUCCCGGAGAAUUAAGCUUCCAUCGUCAUCAUGGAAAAACCAGAUUGAAUGAUAUAAGCGAAAUACGUCAAUUCAAUAUCGUUCUCACUACCUAUCACACCGUGUCAGCAGAAUGGAAAGCAGCGAACGGGGGCUUGGAAAAGUCCCCAUUAUUCUCUGUCCGUUGGAGAAGAAUAAUAUUGGACGAAGCGCACUUUAUCCGAAAUGGAAGUUCUAGAAUGGCUCGGGCAGUAUGUGCCCUAGAUUCUAUCGCUCGCUGGGCUGUGACUGGAACUCCUAUCCAGAACCGCCUGGGAGACUUAGCCAGCCUGCUCAAAUUCAUCCAAGCGCAUCCAUUUAAUGAUCCGAAGCGAUUCGAGACGGAUGUUUCACGGCUUUGGAAGUCAGGUAGCGAUGGAGAGGCGGUCAACCGGCUGAAACGCCUCUCAGCCCAUAUUUUGCUUCGAAGAGCCAAGGCCACUAUUAACCUUCCUCCACGUCGAGAUCUUGUUCAAGCGGUUGAAUUCACCGCUGAAGAGAGAGCAACCUACAAACAGCUAAAAGACCACACGAUUCUCAAUAUUGACGAAGCCCUAGGAAACGACUCAAUUUCGUCGAAGCGUCAUAGCUAUGUCAAUAUCCUUCAACAAAUAGAGUCCAUGCGACUGUUCAGCAAUUUGGGGUUCCACUACCUUUCAAGACAUGAAAAGCCGUCUUAUCAGUUUUCUGAGAACGAAUGGAGCAAAGUUGCUCAGAGGACAUUCAACUCCCAGCGGGAAAUGUCGUCACUAUCUUGCAAGAAGUGCUUGUCAACAGUUGGCCUCUCUGACAUACUACUAGGCGAGUCCACUGCGGGCGGCGAUGGCGCGAUAUUUACCAGCUGCUUGAAAUUUUUCUGCAAGGAGUGCUUGGAAAAGUCUAUCAGUAAAGGCUCAAGUCUUACUUGUGGCCAUACUCCUUCUUGUCAAGCGGCUCCAGUUUCUACUAGCAGCGCCGCGCUUGAGGAGAUUGACAGCUUCGUACCCCCCACGAUUCAAAAUCUAUCGAACAAUCUAUCGUCAAAGGUUACAGCGCUGAUUGACGACAUCAAGAGCCUUCCUAAAGAUGUUAAAUGCAUUGUAUUCUCCACUUGGAGACUUACCCUUGACUUGAUAACAUCCGGUCUUAAUGCAGCGUCGAUACAGAGCAUUAGAUUUGAUGGCAAGGUGGCGCAGAAAGAUCGCCACACAGUGCUCAAAAAAUUCCGAUCAGAUCCGAGCAUACAAGUCAUGCUAUUAACCUUAUCGUGUGGUGCAGUCGGUCUCAAUUUGACUGUAGCAUCUCGCGCAUAUUUGGUAGAGCCUCAUUGGAACCCAACUCUGGAAGAACAAGCUCUCGCUAGAAUCCAUAGACUAGGGCAAACGAAAGAAGUCACAACUGUCCGUUUCUAUGUUAAAAACUCAUUUGAAGAGGAAGUAAUGCAAAUGCAGGAGUCUAAAAGACAACUUGCUGGUGUAUUUCUCUCCCCCCAUGACGGUGGCGACGCAGACAGUAGCGUCAGUGCUUUGAAGCGUUUACAAGAGACAACACGGCCGCUACCAAUCCGGACGCUGGAUUCAACAGUACCAGUAGCAGAGGCAGCGACUGGGACCUCGCCUGACGCAGAAGCACCGCUCAACACUGAAGCGCCGCCAGACUCUGAAGCACUGCCUGAGCCUACACUCUCUACGCUACAGGUCCAACUGUGGACCGAGGUCUAUGACGCCAUCAAAGAGGCUGAUCCGAAGCUGAUUGACUCGUAUGAACGAAUUCUCUCCUCAAAGCUCAAGGAGUUAGAACUGGGUAUCAGCACCGAGACAACAGGCGACAACAGCAUUAGUCACAAUGGAGAAGAGCGGUGGGUGCAAAUGCAAGCCAUUGCAAAGUACAGCUUGAAACAGACAGAAAAGGCUUCAGCGGUUGCGGAUAAAGCUACACAGGCCCUGAAAGUCAUCACCACCGUCAAGGGCGUGGUCAGCAGUGCCUUGCAGUCAGUUCCGCAGGCAGCUGUUGUUUGGACUGGUGUUCUCUCUAGCUCGAUUGUAGAGUACCAAGGCAACCGAUCCGGCUUAAAGUAUGUCUUGUUACGCAUGGACUGGUACUGGAACCUGGCAAUGCUUCUUUUGAAGGAGAACAUUGUCGAAGAGUCUUCCCAAAAAGUACGCGAAAGCAUGAAGAAUGCUGUUGUAAAAUUGUAUGAAAAGCUUCUUGAAUAUCAGAUCAAGAGCGUUUGUGUCUACAGCCGCAAUUGGCUAGUAAAGUUUGGGCUCAAUACGAUCAAGGUGGAUGACUGGGACGGCAAGCUUAAGUCAAUCAAGGAUGAGGAGGCUCAAGUCAACCAAUUCGCAAAGUAG